AUCCCAGGGGUCGGCAUGAGAAACCCCGGCCAGUCCCGAGUCUGGACCAGCGCCGUGAAGAAAACCAUCUCCGCGCUGUCCAUAGUGCUGAACUGCUGUCUGGUGGGGGCGGUUAUCUUUCUGGGGGUGACAGUGAUGAACCUGAAACUGUCAAUGAAUCAGCUAGAGGAGAACACCGAAACAACCAUUGCUGACCUUUCAAAUGUGAUUGAAAGGGUGCAAAAGACACUGCGAGUGGCAGAGGGCAUUUCAGGAGCUCCGGGAAAGCGACUGACCAACUCUAACCUGUCAGGCACCCUGGAGACUGAGCACCAGAUACUGCAGCGACUGGAGAAGCUGGAAGCUGGCGUCAAAAAACAGCAGGACGAAUCGGAGGAAGUACAUGCUGCUACUGACCGACCAGUCUCGUUCUGCCCAAACGGCUACCAGAAAUACCGCGAAGUCUGCUACAAGGCGUAUGACACACGCAAAAAGUUCUACGAAUCGGGUGCUGCCUGCCGUGCCGACGGAGGCACCCUCGCCAUGCCCCGGGACUCCGGGAUCAACGCCUUCCUCGUCUCCCUCAUCCAGGCGGUAGACUCCUACUCUAACUUCUGGUUCGGCUUGCACGAUCAGCGGGAAGACGGUAAAUGGGAAUGGAUAGACGGAACCGAACUAGACGGCAACGACUUCAACAUGUGGUCGGAGGGUCGCCAGUCCAGUAAGAACUGGACAGAGGUCCAGAACUGCGUCCUGUACUGGUGGAUUGACCAAUACAGCUGGAAUGACUCUGGGUGUCUCAGCAUCAUGAAGUUCAUCUGCCAAAUCGUACCAUCAGAUCCUACAAACAAGUAACCAUCUAGCCAAGCCUUUACAACAGUGGGAGGCACUGUCGAGUCUAACAUAAUUAUGCGUCAGACUGAUAUUUUAUGUCAACAUAGCAUGACUCUUAAUUUUCUUUUAGAAAAAGGGUGAUAGGGUACUAAACACAUAACUGUUAAUUGUUUGGGGAUUUGUUCUUUCGUGGUAGAAGCCUGCUUAUCUGUAAAAGUAAAUUUCUCUUAUUACACAACUGUACAUGUUAGACACUGCACUGACCGAUAACCUAGUAAUUUAGAGCCCCACUGUUAAUUAAGUUCAACGUAUGUAUGAAAUGUACACCUUUAAUAGUCAGUGGUUAAUAGUUCAUAACGAUUCGUAUUCACUAGCAACGUAUCAUAUUUUGCAAGAAAAACAAACAAACAAACAAACUGCUUGUUCUGAUAGUUGCAUUUGGGCAUUAUUCCCAUUUCAGUGCACAAUAUCCUUUAUAUACGGCAUCAUUCUAAAAAUGCUUUGACAAAUAUGGCAGUCAUUGUCAAUAUGUAACUGCUUGAAUUCGUCGGCGAAUCGUCUAAUGUACGGCGAAACGUCCCGAUAUCUCAUUCAGCACCAAGGACAGGGAAACCUUUACCGGUGUGUCAUUACACAUGGUAGCCCCACACCUGGGCAGCGAAGCUAGCUGUUGACGACUGGUAUACCAACUCUGUCGCUAGUGUAGGUUGUUAAGGAAAACUGGACGAGAAAACUUGUAAAUGGUGUGCGUGUAAGUUUGUACAUGUAUUUC